CGCUGAGAUGGAGCAGACAAAGCUGUUCAGCAUUGGGUGACUUGGACGAAGCCAGGCCAGGAGCGGAAAACGCGUAAAAAUUGGCUUCUGUGUGGUUGCUGUUGGCCUGGAGUUGAGUUAUAAGGAGCUGAACUUGGGAUAACGCACAGUUUAAUUGGGGGAGGCGCUGGCAGCGUUCAGGAGAAUAUUUAAACUGGAUUAUGCCCUUCUGCACGCAGGAGGUAGAGCGUGUUAAAAUUGCAAAAGAAAGCGAGGAGGUGGAAGAGCUACAGGUUGCCAAAGGAAAAUUUAGGCUGUAGAUAGCGUCUCAAAUGGACACACAUUUUGGAGUUCAAUGGACGGUCUUUGAAGGUCGAGCUUUGAAUAGUCUUGACAGCAUAAAAUGUAAAGGAAUAAGAAUGCAUCACCUGGAUGAAGGAUAAAUCUGUUUGGGGCAGAGUUGCUUCAGGAGUGGGCAGAACGUCCAAAUGUCUACAAGGUCCUGUCUGGUUGUGGUGUCUAUGAUGGCACAGAAAUCCAUGAGGCCUCAGCGUAAGUUGCUUUAUGAAACUCAUACUGGUACACCUCAGUCGUGGGGGAGCUGAGGUUCAGAUGUAUGCUCCAGAUGUUCCUCAGAUGCAUGUCAUUGACCACAGUAAAGGGCAACCAGCUGAAGCUGAGUCAAGGAACGUUUUAGUGGAAUCUGCAAGGAUUGCUCGUGGUAAAAUUGCAAGCCUGGCUAAGCUUACUACAGCAGACCAUGAUGCUGUGAUAUUCCCUGGUGGAUUUGGAGCUGCUAAAAACUUAUCUACCUUUGCUGUUGAUGGGAAGGAUUGCAAAGUGAACAGAGAAGUUGAGCGUGUCUUGAAAGACUUCCACAAAGCAGGCAAACCUAUUGGUCUUUGCUGCAUUUCACCAGUGUUGGCAGCAAAGGUUCUCUCUGGUACUGAAGUAACCGUGGGCCAUGAAGCAGAGGAAGGUGGCAAGUGGCCUUAUGCUGGGACUGCAGGAGCCAUUAAAGAACUGGGAGGAAAGCAUUGUGUGAAAGAAGUAACUGAAGCUCAUGUGGAUACAAAGAACAAGGUGGUGACUACCCCAGCAUUUAUGUGUGAAACAGAAUUACAUCAUAUCUUCGAUGGCAUUGGGGCCAUGGUAAAGAAUGUGCUAAAACUAACCGGCAAAUAAAGGAAAAAGUCUUCAGAAAUGUUUAAAUUUAGGGUGUAGUAUUGAGUAUGAUAUGGACCAAUGGAAACAUAUUCACCUGCUUGUCCUGUUCACGCUGUAGUGAAUGCUGGUGCGAAGCUGAUUGAUUCCCAGCUGCAGGGUUUUCCAUGCCCUUUCUGAGAGAGGGGCCUGCAGAAGGGCUUGCGGAGUGCAAGCAGUCUGGCCUGAGGCAUAGAGAAUUUUCUUGAGCUUUUUCAGCUGGAGAGAGCUGUGCAGAUGUAUUCUGAAACCAGUCCUCCAGAUGCACCAGUGUCAAAUAAUUUCUGUGAGGGCAAAAUGAGACUAAAGGCCCUUUCAGAAGCUGAGAGCAGGAUGUUUUAUAGGGCCAUAGCAGAUGCAUUGGCAGUGUAUCUAGAAGAAGAAUGGGAGUAGAGAGGAAUUAGUGUGUGGUUCAAGGUUUACGUGCUCAGGCCUGUGUCUGUGAACUAAAAGCCAGGAUCAGCUGUCAAGGGAGUAGACAUCUUCCAUAUCUUAAUUUUAGCUUGGUAUUAAUUAAAAGAUUAAUGUUUGGGUUUUCCAUUUCAAAGGCUCCUGUUUUCACAAAGGAGCCUUUUUGAAUAUCAAUCAGCAGCAGGAUACAUCUUAACUGUCACAACACCAGCACUUUG